ACAUCUUAAUUCAUAGCAACAGUUGAGCUUUUGAUUAAUCACGUGAGAUAACUGAGAUGGAUCAUCAACACGCAUUUCAAUUGAAGCCUGCAGGAGCACCGUACACAUGUAGUGGCUGUGGACAACUAGGGUUUGGAUCAAGAUACCAUUGUAAAGACAACAUAAAUUGCAAUUAUAUCCUUCAUGAAGAAUGUGCAAAUCCCGAUCCUCACCCUUUUCAUCCAUUUUUCGAGAAAAGCAUUUUCAAGUUCCAUAAGGAAGCACCUGGAUAUGAAACAAGAAUUUGCGAUGCUUGUCGCAAAGAUGUGUUAGGUUUUGUCUACCAUUGCUCUAGAACAAAUAUCGAUCUUCAUCCAUGUUGUUUAAAGCUAAAACGUAGUAUUUCGGAUGAAAGUGGAAACGUGACUUUGAAACUUUUACAAAAAGUUGGUUCAAAGUGUGCCAAAUGUAGGCAUAAGCAUGUUGAUGGAAAAGUUGAAGGGUGGUCUUAUUAUGAUGGAAAAUCUUAUUAUCAUGUGGCUUGUUUCAAGGAUUUGAUACUUGAGAAUUGGAGUAGGGGUUAUUUUUCUCAAGAGGAUAGAUCAAUUGCAAGUUCAACUAAUAGGGAAACUCAACUUGCCCUCACAAGUAUGGAGAUAGCUUCAAGUUCAAGUGGUUCAAGGAGAGGAAGGACUAUGAGCAAGUACACAAAGAUAGCUGUUUUGGUGUUCAAGCUAAUAUUUUCAGCUAUAUUUGGAAACCCUAUAUCUGCUUUUGUUGCUAUUGUAGAAGCUCUUGCUUCAAAUUAAUUUACCGGUCACUUCUACAAAAAAAAUUGGAUUGUUUUUUCAUUUGAUCUUUUUUUAUUUUGGUCACUUUUAAGUUUGAGUUUGAACUUUGAAAUUAUAGUUGUUGUAUGAGGAAUAAAGCUUAUGAGUGAGGAAAAAAAAUAUUUGUACGUAAUUAAUUUGAUGUGUGGAAAUAAAUAUAUUGGCUUGAUUUGGUAAAA